CCUGCUCUAAAGUGUAAGAAAUAUUGCAAACACGGCGGAGCAGUGUCCACCCCGCUGCACGCCAUGAAUACGCACCAAACGGCGCGAGCGUUAUUAUUGUUAUGCGCCGUUCUAUAUUCAUUCACCGGCAUUGCCAGCGCGGUGGCCGGUGUAGAGACAACAUCAACGACGACGACGACGACCGCAGCAUCUCCGACAAAGAGACUCGAGGCUGAUUUUGCUGAAGUGACCAAGGUGCUGGCCUCCAAGUUUCUGCCCACCGUGUCGGACCUGAUUGGAAGCCCAGACCUCAGCGUUGCCUGUUCGUCGAGUGUUGUGAAGCUCCUGCUCGGAUUAAAGAACAAGGAUGCCUGGGCCAUGAAAAUGCUCUUAUCCAACGGGCUUCUCCCUAGCAACGUCUUUGAGGGAGGACAAGUGAACCUCGGUUCGUACGAGCAGUGCCUGCACACUAGAACGGUCAACAGGGAGGGCCAGACUACCAUGAAGGGGCAGUAUUGUUCGCUGCACCUCACUAUACCCCACGACCUGAUGAGUGCGCUCGUCGACAGCUUCCACAAGAUUGGGGAGCUCCUGGGGCGUAAGAACCCGCUUACUCGGACCACGCACAACAAAUUUGCCAGCAUAGAUUACCGCAUCGGGAUCUGCUCCCCGUCGGCAUGCACCACCGAGGACCUGCAAGUGUUGGUCACGAAAAUGCUCGGCCAGUAUGGGAUAAACUCUACCGUCAGAAGCUGUCGCACGGACUCUCCUAAGGCCAUAACCCUACUCCAAGCAGUGUCCAUGGCAGUACUGGGAGCUCUUGUACUUACGGUUGUCGUGGCAACGCUUACGGAAUGGAUAAUGGAAGCACGCGGAGGCUGCGACGUCAAGCGCAAGGACGGCACGGUGCUUGGAACGUUGCUGUACUUCUCUGCUUUGAGCAACACGCGCUACCUGCUGCGCGUCGAGAACACGGAGAAGAACCGUCCUCUCCUUUUUCUGGGCGGCUUCAAGGUGCUUCUCAUCCUGUGGGUUAUAUACGGUCAUUCCUACAUAAUGGUGCAACUCGAAUUCUCAGACAACCUGUUCAACAUCGGAGAUAUCAGCAAGAAAGUUCUCUCGCAGAUAGUUCCCAAUGGUUUCCUCAGCGUUUCCACGUUCCUCUACCUAAGGUGA